AUGGAAGAUUGGAGAAGAAUUGAUAUUGAUGCUUUUGAUCCAGAAAGUGGUAGAUUAACUGCUGCUGAUUUGAUACCACCAAAUCAAGCUCAAGUUACACUACAAGAGUUGCAACCAAAGAUUCAGCAAAUACGUUCCAUGUCUACCAGUGGUGAUAUGAUUUCUGCUAUUCAAUUGGCCACCUCUGAUCCACCAUAUGGUGCUGAUGAUAGUACAAAAGCUCAAUAUUUGCAAGCGGUUCUAGAGGCUUUAGGUCAAACUAGACAAGCUGAUAUUAGCAAUAUUAUAAAGCAAUUGUCUCCUAAGCAGCAUGAUGUGUUGAUCAAGUAUCUUUACAAAGGUAUGUCUGUUCCAGAAGGCCAAAAACAAGGUGGUAUUCUUCUUUCUUGGUUUGAAAAAUUGACACAAGAAGCAGGUGUUAAUCCAGUUGUGCAUUAUUUAUCAGACAGAAGAACAGUAUAA